AUGCUGUCCUUAAAUCAUAGCAAUACCACAUUCCUCCUGAUGGGCCUCCCAGGCCUAGAGGAAAUGUACAUCUGGCUCUCUAUUCCAUUGUGUGUCAUGUAUAUAGUUGCUGUGGCUGGAAACAGUUUGAUCCUCUGGGUGGUAAAAUCAGAAACAAUUCUUCACCAGCCAAUGUACUAUUUCCUUUCCAUGCUGGCCAUGACUGACUUAGGGCUCUCCUUUUCCACACUGCCUACCAUGCUAACCAUCUACCUGUUGGGCCACCGGGAAGUUGAGGUAGAUGCAUGCCUAGCCCAGCUGUUUUUCAUCCACACUUUUUCAGUCAUGGAAUCCUCUGUGCUUCUCUCCAUGGCUUUUGACCGUUUUGUGGCCAUCUGUAAUCCACUGCGCUAUACAACCAUUCUGCCCAGCUCCCGAGUUGCUGGCCUGGGCCUUGCAAUUGUCGUCCGUAGUAUUGGGCUACACGUCCCUGCUCCUAUCAUGCUAAAAAAGCUCCCCUACUGCCAUACUGGUCACCUUUCCCAUUCUUAUUGCUUGCAUCCAGAUGUCAUGAAGCUUGCUUGUGCUGAUACUCAUGUGAAUAGUGCUUAUGGGCUCUUUGUGGUACUCUCCACUCUUGGCAUGGACUCUAUGCUUAUUGUGGCUUCCUAUGUGUUGAUCCUCUAUGCUGUACUCACCAUUGCUUCCCAGACAGAGAGACUUAAGGCCCUGAAUACAUGUGUCUCGCAUAUAUGUGCAGUGCUACUCUUCUAUACACCCAUGAUUGGCCUGUCCAUGAUCCAUCGUUUUGGAAAGCAGGCUUCACCAUGUAUCAGGGUACUGCUCUCCUAUUUGCAUUUUCUCAUGCCACCUAUGGUCAACCCCAUUGUCUAUACUAUCAAGACAAAGCAGAUACGUCAGAGGAUCUUCCAUUUUUUUCAGUCUAGUGGAGCCAAAAUGAGGAUUAGGCAAGAACAUUGAGUCCAGGGGCUGGGAAGGCAUAAUGGUAUCAUGCAAUGAAGAAGGAAAUGUCUUCCUUUUUAAAAAUAUGGAACAUCAUCACUAUUACCAGAUAUAAUGGAAAGAUAUAAUCCCCAUCUUCUGGAAGCCUUCUCUUCAUGAAGGUGACAUGAAACCAUUUCUGGAGAUAUUCAUCAGAUUUAGAACAUAUAAUCCUCUAGUAUGAUAUUAAUUACAUGGCCUUCUUCAUGGAAAAAUUCCUGCACUUAUUAAAAAAAUAGAGCUCUCUAUUCUGGUCAGAAAGGUAUAGCCCCCUCCAUUAGGGAAUUUCUAGUAUAAUAAAGAAGAAAAGUCCUUUGUUCUGGUAGUAAAAGCAAGAUUUCAAAAAUAAAAAGACUAGGACCAAUUAUAAAUUAUGAACACCAUAAAAACAUUAG